UACGCAUGCGCGCACGCUGCUGGCCGGGCUGGGCGGAGAGGGGAGGGGGCGGCGGCGGCCGAGGCAGAGGCGGCGUCGUCCUCGCCGUGGUCCGGACGGUGCGUGGCGGCGCGGGUGGCCACGGGAGAAGGAGGCAUAAUGGUUAUGAAAGCUUCAGUGGAUGAGGAUGAUGCAGGAUGGGAGCUCAGCAUGCCAGAAAAAAUGGAGAAAAGCAAUUCAAGUUGGGUGGAUAUAACUCAAGAUUUUGAAGAAGCUUGUCGAGAAUUAAAGUUGGGAGAACUGCUUCAUGAUAAGCUAUUUGGUCUUUUUGAAGCUAUGUCUGCUAUUGAAAUGAUGGAUCCCAAGAUGGAUGCUGGCAUGAUUGGAAACCAAGUUAAUCGAAAGGUUCUCAAUUUUGAACAAGCUAUCAAGGAUGGCACCAUUAAAAUUAAAGACCUUACUUUGCCUGAAUUGAUAGGGAUCAUGGAUACCUGUUUUUGCUGCUUGAUAACCUGGUUAGAAGGCCAUUCCUUGGCACAGACAGUAUUCACGUGCCUUUAUAUUCAUAAUCCAGACUUUAUAGAAGAUCCUGCCAUGAAAGCUUUUGCUUUGGGAAUCUUGAAAAUCUGUGAUAUCGCAAGGGAAAAAGUAAAUAAAGCUGCUGUUUUUGAAGAGGAAGAUUUUCAGUCAAUGACUUACGGAUUUAAAAUGGCUAACAGUGUAACAGAUCUUCGAGUUACAGGCAUGCUAAAAGAUGUGGAAGAUGACAUGCAAAGAAGAGUAAAGAGUACUCGAAGUCGGCAAGGAGAAGAAAGAGAUCCAGAAGUUGAACUAGAACACCAGCAGUGUUUAGCAGUGUUUAGCAGAGUGAAAUUUACUCGUGUGUUGCUGACAGUGCUUAUAGCCUUCACUAAGAAAGAGACCAGUGCUGUUGCAGAAGCUCAAAAACUGAUGGUACAAGCAGCAGAUCUCCUUUCUGCCAUUCAUAAUUCAUUGCAUCAUGGCAUCCAGGCCCAGAACGAUACUACAAAAGGAGAUCAUCCAAUUAUGAUGGGUUUUGAGCCCCUUGUUAACCAGAGGUUACUACCACCCACCUUCCCUCGAUAUGCAAAAAUAAUUAAAAGGGAAGAAAUGGUCAACUAUUUUGCAAGAUUAAUAGAUAGAAUAAAAACUGUUUGUGAGGUUGUGAAUUUAACAAAUUUACAUUGUAUCUUGGAUUUUUUCUGUGAAUUUAGUGAACAAUCACCAUGUGUUCUUUCAAGAUCUCUGUUACAAACCACUUUCCUGGUGGAUAACAAGAAGGUUUUUGGAACUCAUCUCAUGCAAGACAUGGUGAAAGAUGCACUUCGGUCUUUUGUCAGUCCUCCGGUGCUUUCCCCUAAGUGCUGCCUAUAUAAUAACCACCAGGCUAAGGACUGUAUCGACUCUUUUGUUACUCACUGUGUUCGGCCAUUCUGUAGUCUUAUUCAGAUCCAUGGACACAACAGGGCCCGGCAGCGAGACAAGCUGGGUCACAUUCUUGAGGAGUUUGCUACCUUGCAGGAUGAGGCAGAGAAAGUGGAUGCUGCACUUCACACCAUGCUGCUGAAACAGGAGCCCCAAAGGCAACAUUUGGCCUGUCUAGGAACCUGGGUCCUUUACCAUAACCUGCGGAUCAUGAUACAGUAUCUGCUAAGCGGCUUUGAGUUAGAGCUCUAUAGCAUGCACGAGUACUACUACAUAUACUGGUACCUGUCGGAGUUCCUUUACGCGUGGUUGAUGUCCACCCUGAGCCGUGCAGACGGCUCUCAGAUGGCUGAGGAGAGGAUAAUGGAAGAGCAGCAGAAAGGACGCAGCAGUAAAAAAACAAAGAAGAAAAAGAAAGUUCGUCCACUGAGCCGUGAGAUCACCAUGAGCCAGGCCUACCAGAACAUGUGUGCUGGCAUGUUUAAAACCAUGGUUGCGUUUGACAUGGAUGGCAAAGUACGCAAACCCAAGUUUGAGCUUGAUAGUGAGCAAGUCCGGUACGAGCACAGGUUUGCUCCUUUCAACAGUGUCAUGACCCCGCCACCAGUGCACUACCUGCAGUUCAAGGAAAUGUCUGACCUCAAUAAGUACAGCCCUCCUCCUCAGUCUCCUGAACUGUAUGUGGCAGCCAGUAAGCACUUUCAACAGGCGAAAAUGAUACUAGAGAAUAUUCCCAACCCGGACCAUGAGGUCAACAGAAUUUUAAAGGUUGCCAAACCCAACUUUGUGGUUAUGAAGUUGCUGGCAGGAGGACACAAGAAGGAAUCUAAGGUUCCUCCUGAAUUUGAUUUCUCGGCUCACAAAUAUUUUCCUGUUGUGAAACUUGUUUGAGAGUCUGAGAAGGUGCCGAGGAGGGGAAUCUACUUUCAGAUUCUGCCGAGAGGAUCCAUCGUCUCCGUCUGUCUUACACAUAAUGUGAUGUGAAAUGGAUUUCUUGGAUAACCACCCAUCAUAAGGAACUUUUAGUUUGACAGCCUUAUAUGACGUGAAUGAAAACUGCUGUUUUAAAGUGGUUUAUUAUGUUCCAUGGAUGAAACUGGUCUUAUUGAAUGCAUUGAUGAACGCUAUAUGGUUUUAUUACAGAUUUAACCAUAAAUCAUUUUUUAUGAAUGACUGAGUGAAAAUAGUGUUUGUAAAGGUUAAUAAAUUUCUUGAGAAAAAAACACACUACUGGAGAUGAAAAGCAGUAGCACUUUAUUGAGACAUGUGAGGGAAUUUAUUCAGUACUAGAAUAGUUUAAGAAAACUAUCCAAAGGGUGUUCACAUUAAGGGAUUUGUUAAGCACUUGUAAGAUAUUUCUGGUAUGUACCAGUGUCUUGAAGAUAUGGAAGAUGCCAGAGACAGAUACAUUGUGGUUUUGUGUUGUAGUAUAAAGUUUGCAACAUCCUGCAACUGGCAGUUGAAAAAGUGCACACACCAUUUGCGGGUGAUGUUAUUUGAGCAGUAGGAAGGUAGGAAUGUGCUAGUUAGUCCAUUUUUGUGUCACCUUCCUUGUCACUUCCUAAGUGGUAGUCUGCCCUGCAUCCUCUGGCUUUGAAAACUGGGCUUUAGAGCUGUGUGCCCAUUAGAGUGUCCUGUGCCAGGACCACACCCUGUGCUGUUCUGCUUCCCUGCCUGUGGUGUCUCCCUGGUAGUAGUGAAGCCUUGGUGGAUGAGAGAUCUGUGCUCUGUGCAGGUCAUUGUUGUUAGACUAAGCCACAAUAGGGUUUACUAAGACUAGUUACUGUAAUCUUGGAAUGUGGGGACACAUGGUGAAAAUGACAGUAGUUUGAUCUGUAGUUAGGUACAAGGUGCAGUCUGGAAUGGAGAUGUAAGAGGACUGAGUCAGAACUUUGCACUUAGCAGUUGCUUAGGAAGUGUGGAGCACAGUGACUUAACGUUGGCAUAGGAGAUGGCCAAGGUAUUGAAGUGGGCAUGCUGCAAAGCGUGAGUGCCUCAGGAGGUCAUGCCAAGGACCAGUCAUGGCUAACAACAUGUGUUCCCUGUCUCCCUCUGGCUGUGUCUCUGGGCACAAGGGGAUCAUCUCCUUUACUGGUGCCUUUUUUAGUAGCCAGGAAAUGAGCAGAAUGUAGGGGCAGGUGUCUCUAGAAAAUGGUCAGGAAGGAUUGGUCUCUGGGAUUUGAUGAGCGUAAGUUACGCUAACAACCAAAUGUACACGUCCAGGAGUGGGAGACGCUGAGGGGUAGCUGGGGGAAGAAAGAGACCAGGUGAACUGCAUCUGGAAAUUGGCUUUUCCACAUCUUACCCACCAUGUGCUUGGGUGUGCUCUUCAAUCACUGAAUUCUAAGCCUGGUCACUUAGCCUCCACUCCUGUGGUUAAUGGCCUAACCUAUUCCCAGGAACACUGUUUUGGUUCUCUGUGCCUCUCCCACUUCAUUCUGACA